AUGUUGGGAAAGGUGGCAUUAGAAGAAGCCUUCGCGCUACCCCGUUUUCAGGAGAAGACGAAAUGGUGGGCAUCACUGUUCGCUACCGAUCCUGACAAGCACGCGGCGGAGAUCACAGACAUUACAGAAACCCGUAUAAAAUACAUGGACAAGCAUGGUGUUGGGCACAGCAUCCUCUCGUAUACAGCUCCUGGUGUUCAGGAUAUCUGGGAGCCCAAGGACGCACAGGCCCUGGCCGUUGAGGUGAACGACUACCUCGCUAGCGCCAUCAAGAGCCACCCCGACAGGUUCAGCGGCUUCGCUACACUGUCUAUGCAUGACCCUCAAGAGGCUGCUACAGAGCUGAAGCGCGCUGUCACGCAACUGGGCUUCAAGGGUGCUCUCGUCAAUGAUACUCAGCGUGCUGGUCACGAUGGAGAUGACAUGAUCUUCUAUGACGGCCCGGAGUGGGACGUCUUCUGGUCGACAGUGACCGACCUGGACGUCCCCUUCUACCUUCACCCAAGAAAUCCCACCGGCACAAUCCACGAGAAACUGUGGGCCAAGCGAAGCUGGCUGAUUGGCCCGCCUCUCAGUUUCGCUCAGGGUGUUUCUCUCCAUAUCCUUGGUAUGGUUACCAAUGGUGUAUUUGACAGACAUCCCAAGCUUCAGGUCAUUAUCGGCCACUUGGGUGAGCACUUGCCCUUCGACCUGUGGAGGAUCAACCACUGGUUCGAGGAUGUCAAGAAGCCACUGGGUCUGUCUUGCAAGAAGACGAUCCGGGAAUAUUUCGCGGACAACAUUUGGAUCACUACCAGUGGCCACUUUUCCACUCCCACAUUAAAGUACUGUUUGACAGAGGUUGGCGCUGACAGAAUCCUCUUCUCAAUUGACUACCCUUUUGAGAGCUUUGGUGAUGCUUGUGACUGGUGGGACGAGCUGAAACUGGAUGAGGUCGACUACAAGAAGAUUGGACGAGAGAACGCCAAGAAGCUGCUCAAGCUUGGAAACUUUAAGGACUCAGAGGCGUAG